CCGGGCGUUGCGCUGCCACGAGGAGGAUGGCCGACGGACCGGCGGACCCGCCGAUAACCAUCACCAAGGUACACCGGCUCACGCCGCUGGACACGCAGUCGUCGUCGGUCAAGCGUCGCAGCGUCAUCACGUCGUUCCGGCGCGAGUCGGCGUCGCCGAGCGAGAACAGCGCCAAGAAGGACCUUGCCUCGACGCGCAUCGACCUCGUGCCCAAGCCCACGUGCUCGUCAACGUUCCAUAUGAAUUCUUCGUCAUCGACCUCGUCCAAAAUCCUCCCGACACUCGACCACAUUGACCGCCACCUGCGCACGAGCAUCAAGUACAAGGUCCCCUCUGCUCGACCAACGAGCGUUAAAGGCAAGCGCGCGAGCAUCCUCCACCGCGCCCAGAGCAUGCGCAUGCUGCAAGAGAAGGCGUCGUUCGUGAGCCGGCGGCGGCAGAUCUUCAAGCGCACGCGGCAAUGCUUGCUCUUGCUCCUCGCGACGUGCAUCUUUGCCGGCAUCGUACUCAUCUUUGUGUUUGGGAGCACGACGCCGCCGACGCCCGUGUGCUGCGGCGGGAACCAGCCGUUCAUCGUGACGCUGCUUAGCGGCCUCAAAGCCAUGGCCAUGGCUAUCGACCCCGACGGCAUUGUCUAUAUCGCGAGUGCGGCCACCAACCAGAUCUACUAUCUUAACGACACGUCGCUGCACGUGCUGGCCGGCACGGGUGACUAUGGGGUGGUAAACGGCCCUGUCGCCAAUGCGCAGUUCCGGUACCCGUGCGGGAUCGCGGUCGACUCCUUUGGCACCGUGUACGUCGCGGACCGGGACAGCCUCGAAGUGCGCAAGAUCACGAAUGGUUACGUCACAACCCUCCUCGGCGAGCCCUCGGUUGGUGGCAUUGCGCCCGGUGGAUUUGACGACAACGUGGACGCCGUGCUGAUAAAUGCGCCAAUCUCGGUCGCGGUGGACGUCCAUGGCGUGGUCUAUGUAGGCUACGGCACGUUCAUUCAAGGCAUCAAAACCGAUGGAAGCACGUUUGUGCUCGCGGGCAACAUGCUGCGCGGGUACGCCGACGGAAACGGGGCCGGCGCGCGCUUCAACGGCAUCCGAUCCAUUGCCGUCGAUGCGCUCGCCGAGUAUCUCUAUGUGUGCGACUACUACAACCACGCGAUUCGCCGGAUUGAGAUUGCAACGACCCACGUCGCGACGCUCCUAGCAACCGGGUUUUACCCCACGAGCGGCGGCGGCAACGUCACGAGCUUCACGGCGCCGUCCGGCAUCUUUCUCGUCAACUCGACGCUCUAUGUCGUCGACACGUUCUCUAAUACCGUCUCCUCGUACGACCUCAACGGCACCCAGCUCAAUCAGUUUGGCAAUGGCCUCUACGGCAACGCCGAUGGGCUCAACGGGUCCUUUGGCAACCCCAUCUCGCUUGUCGUGAACGCGUCCGGGGCUGUCUACGUCGGCGACGUCGGCAACCUCCUGCUUCGGCUCGUAAUUUAUUAGGCGCGAAAUCCAACCUCGUCGUCUUGACACUUAUACAGUAUCAUUAUUCCACCA